AUGACAAUUAAGAAAACCAAAAUCAUAGCUUAAAUAAUCAAUAUUACUAUGAUAUUAAGAAUGUUGUUCUUCACCAAGAAACAUAACAAACCUUCUCCUCCAACUCCUUCAAUGGCGCCAUCUCUCUCAUCUCUUCUCCCCUCUCAUUCCCACCCUUUCUCAUCUCUCAAUCCAAAUUCUAAUCACAGCCCAUUUCUCACACAACGCCACUCUCUCAAACCCAUAUUUUUCUCCACAAAAAACUCCUCUAAUAACAAUAAAAUCACAUACCCACCGCCACCUCCGCCGCCGCAACAAGAGAAGAAAUCAUUUGCUGUGGCAACAGGGGAGCUGUUCUUGGGAAUUGCGUCGAGGUUGUUGAAGAGUAGGAGCAGAAAUGAUAAAUUUGUAGAUGGGAAUUUGCCAAAUUCUAGUGCUGGGGUUUCUUUGAAUGGGAAUGGGAAUGUGGAGUAUGAAGAGAGAAUUGGAGCUAUUAUGGAGGAUGAGAUUGAGCCUGCUGUUAUUUGGGAACAAAGGGUUAAAGAUGUUGAGGCUGAGAAGAAAAGGCGGGUGAUUACUAGCCCUGGUUUUAGUUUUUCUGCUGCUGGAUUGUUGUUUCCUUAUCAUCUUGGUGUUGCUCAGCUUCUUAUUGAAAAGGGUUACAUUAAAGUUCCCAAAGCCAUUUCAGAAUCAGAAACAAACAAUAGCGAAACCACACCAUUGGCUGGUUCCUCUGCUGGUGCCAUAGUUUGUGCUGUAAUUGCCUCUGGUGCUAGUAUGAAGGAGGCACUAAGAGCAACCAAAAUACUGGCUGAAGACUGUCGGCUAAGAGGGACUGCAUUUCGACUUGGGGCUGUUCUACGUGAGGUCCUUGAAAACUUUCUGCCAGAUGAUGCCCAUAUCAGAUCUAAUGGGAGGGUUCGUAUUGCUGUAACUCAGAUUUUGUGGAGGCCCAGGGGUUUGUUAGUGGAUCAAUUUGACUCGAAAGAGGAUCUCAUAAAUGCAGUUUUCACUUCUUCCUUUAUUCCAGGAUAUCUUGCACCAAGACCUGCCACAAUGUUCAGAAAUCGACUUUGUAUUGAUGGGGGUUUGACAUUGUUUAUGCCACCGACGGCAGCUGCUAAGACGGUACGUGUUUGUGCCUUCCCAGCUAGCCGAUUGGGUCUGCAAGGAAUCGGAAUUAGUCCAGAUUGCAAUCCUGAAAAUAGAGCUAGCCCUAGACAGCUUUUCAACUGGGCAUUAGAGCCAGCAGGAGAUGAUAUUCUCGACAGACUAUUUGAGGUUGGUUACUUGGACGCAGCUGUUUGGGCUGCGGAGAAUCCGGUCAAUGAAGUCGUCCAAGAUGACAGCCCGAAAGUUGAAAAUGGCUCGGCGAAGUAGCUUAAUGUAAAUUCUGUUUCCAUUUUGAUGCUGAAGAUGCGGAUUAUACGGUUUAUAGUUGGCAGUUAGUUCCAUACCUUAGGUUAAUACUUGUUAGUUUAGGGGGAGAAGAGAAUACACACAUCUGAUGUUCUUCUGUUAAAUGCUGUAUAGUCAAAAAUCAAUCUAGCAGAUAUCUCAAAAGGGAGAGGAAGUGUAAGGAAAAUUUGUAAAAUUUAGGGAUUUUGAUGUAGUGUGAUAAAAUUAGGAUGAUUCAAUGUACUUUUUUUUUGCAUUGAACUAUAGGUUUAAGAAGAAUCCACAAUAAGAGAAGAAACUCUAUUUUUUUUUAUAUAAUUUUAAGUUUAUUUGCUC